UGUUUGAAGUUCACGUCAGGAGAGCGGAACUUUGCCAAAAUGUUGAAGGUAAUGAUGAUGAUGAUGAUGUUAUGGCAGUUGGUGAGUCUUGUUCUCGCUGAUCACUCGUUUUCACCAAUGGAUGAUGAAAAAACUCCCGCAGAAAAUCAAUGUCCCACUUGUCAAGGAGAUAACGAAGUUGAUUGUAACAGCAAAAUCACGAUGGUAGCUUGCCCCAAAGAGGCGCCAAUAUGUGCAGUGUACAAAAGUAUCUAUGAUGAAUUCAGUCGUCACUGCGUCAGCCAGGAGGAAUAUAACCACAUCGUGAACGAGUGCGAGAAAUACCGCGAUUGUUCAAUGGUGAAGUACGUGUUUCAGUGCCCAACAUGUAUCGGCGAGGGAAAAGAUGAAGCCACAGCCAAAGCUAAUUGUGAUAUCAAUAUAAAGAAGAAAACCUGUAGCAGGAAGACGCCAGUGUGUGCGGUAUAUUACAUUUCUGAGUUGAGAAGAUUCGCUCGUCAUUGCAUGAACCAAAUUCUUUACGACAAAACCGUGGAAAAAUGCCAAAGCAAGGGGUGCAAAGCCGAAAAAUGCACUCAGCCGGGAUGCAUGGGAGGAGAGAUGCCAGUAUUUGAAGGAAUUCAAUGCCCGUCUUGUGAAGGCAAGGACGAAAAUGACUGCGAUAGCCAAAUUAAGAUGGAGAUUUGUCCAAAAGAGGCGCCGACAUGUGCAGUGUACACAAGCGAUAAGGGUCAUUUCAAUCGUGGUUGCGUCAACCAAGUGGAAUAUGAAACUUUAUUGAACAAGUGCGAGGAACACGGUGAUUGUACCAUAAGAAAGUACGGUAAGUCGUAG